AUGGCGCGCGCUCCCCUCGGCUCUGCCCGGCCCGCCCCGCGCAGCGCAUGCACCGCCCGCGUGCUCGCCCCGCGCGCCUGCGCCGCCCGCCCCGAUGACGCCCCUCGGAGGCGGGCAUGGGAGACUUCGCUGUCGCCGCUGGAGCGGGUGAGGCGGCUGCUGCCGCCCGAGGAAGCGGCGGCGGUGGCAGCAGCGGUAGCGCCGCCGCCUCGAGAGGAGGAGAAGGAGGAGACGGCGGUGGCCGCCCCCCGUCAAGCGCUGGCUGAGGCGGCGGGUCCGCGUUCCGGCGCUUUCCGCGCCGGGGAGCUGGCGCUGGCGGAGAUACAGAGGAAGCACAACGCGCCGCUGAAGCUGCUGUGCCGGCUGGCGGCGGAGGCGGUGCUGAGCAGCCCCAGUGGCGUCCUGCCCCACCGCGACAUUAUCGGGCAGCUGCCCGGGCAGGUGCUGCGCACGUCGGGUGGGGCGCGGCUGCUGCUGCGGCGGCCCUCGCUGGACGAGUACGUGUUGCUCAUGCCGCGGGGACCCACCAUCGCCUACCCCAAGGAUAUAAGUGCUCUAUUAAUGAUGAUGGAUAUCCACCCGGGAGACACCGUGUUGGAAACUGGCAGCGGGUCUGGGGCUAUGAGCUUGUUUCUGUCAAGAGCAGUUGGGCCCAAAGGACGUGUUCUAAGUUAUGAAAUCAGAGAUGAUCAUCACAGUUUAGCUAAGAAGAACUAUAGGCACUGGCGUUCUGCAUGGGAAAUAGGACACGUGGACAAGUGGCCAGAUAAUGUGGAGUUCAUUCUUAAAGACAUUUCAACAGCUGCUGCAGAUAUGAAAUCUGUAACACUUGAUGCAGUAGUUCUGGAUAUGCUGAACCCUCAGUGUGCUCUGCCUGUUGUACACCCAAGCCUGAAACAAGGUGGGGUGUGUGCUGUAUACUUAGCAAACAUCACACAGGUUGUUGACCUUUUAGACAGAAUACGGAGCUGCAAGCUUCCUUUUUUGUGUGAAAGGAUCAUUGAGGUAACUCACAGAAGCUGGUCAGUACUCCCUGCUAAACUCAAGCAUUGCAAAUCAAGCCAAGUGGUGGAAACUCAAGAAAAUAUUGAAGAACCACCUCAAAAUGAAUACGAAGAAAUCCAUAUUCAGGAUCAAGCAGUUCUCAAAGAAGGCAAAUACAAUGAAUCACUCAGUGAUGCUGCUGAAACAAACCGUUCAGUGCCUUACAUUGCCCGACCAUCCCACUGGCAGGAAACUCAUUCAGCAUUCCUUACCAAGCUGAGAAAGUUUCGACCACUGCUUUCUUGAUGCUGCUGCCUCCUUAACUGCUAAUUUGAAUAUUGUAUCAGGAUAAAAUAAAACAUGACAAAGUAAA